CGCGAAAAGUUUUGACGACCCUCAACUUGUUUUACUGCUUGACCCCGGCUUAUUUUAGAUAUCAUUUUAGUCAACUACAUAUAUUUUAGAAGCUAGAAAAUGGAAAAUUUCCAGAAAAUUGAGAAGAUUGGCGAGGGAACCUAUGGUGUAGUUUACAAAGCCCGUGAUAAAUUGACCGGUAAAAUGGUGGCGUUAAAGAAAAUCCGUUUGGACACGGAAUCUGAAGGAGUUCCCAGUACAGCAAUCAGAGAAAUUUCAUUAUUAAAAGAACUGAAUCAUCCUAACAUUGUCAGGUUAUUAGAUGUAGUACACAGUGAGAAAAAGUUAUAUUUAGUAUUUGAGUAUUUAAACCAAGAUUUAAAGAAAUAUAUGGACAGUAGUCCACCUUCAGGACUUCCACUUCCAUUAGUCAAGAGUUAUCUUUUCCAGUUGCUUCAAGGAGUUGCAUAUUGUCAUUCACACAGAGUCUUACACAGAGAUCUGAAACCACAGAACUUACUGAUAGAUUCAGAAGGUGCAAUUAAAUUAGCUGAUUUUGGUUUAGCACGGGCAUUUGGAGUUCCUGUAAGGACGUAUACACACGAGAUUACAAGGAGAGCAUUGUUCCCAGGUGAUUCAGAAAUUGAUCAGUUAUUUCGCAUCUUCAGAACGAUGGGCACCCCAGAUGAGCAGACCUGGCCUGGAGUAAAUAAAUUACCUGAUUUUAAAAGUUCAUUUCCAAAAUGGCCACAGCAAGAUCUGAGUAAAGUUGUUGGGUCGUUAGAUAUGGAUGGACUAGAUUUACUGAGACAAAUGUUGACGUAUGAACCAAACAAACGAAUGUCUGCCAAGACUGCACUGAGCCACAGAUACUUCAGGGACGUCCAAGUUCAAAUACCAGAACAUUUACCAAAGUAGAUUGAACAUUACGCUUCAGUUGCUGUUUACAUACUAAAUUGUAGUUGUGAAUUCAGCUGCAGUGUUUAAAGUGAACAAAAUAA